UAAUAAAAUUGUCAACUUUCAUCAUUUCAUCGUAGUGUUGCUGGUUAGACACACAGGGGGACAUAACUGCUAAUUAAAUUCAUCACCACACGCCUCGAAUGUUACAUUCAAUAAAGAACUGCUGACUCGAUGACAAAUGUAACCGAUGAAAUGGAGUACGGUGAGAAACUGGCACACUUCCGCCAAACACGUCUCAAUCCUUUCGAUCGCGGUGAGGAAGAGGAUGGCGGUCUCCAAAAGAGCAGGACGCCCACACUGCAGGAAGCGCGACAGGAGCUAUAUUCUGGGACCAGAAUCCAAAAUUCAGACGUAACCAUGGACCUUGGAUUAGCUGAGGACCACUUUUCAAGACCGGUGGGUUCUUUUGUGGCCUCCGACAUAGAGCAGCUGAAACAGGCCAUUGAGGAGUGCAAGAAACUGAUCUUGGAGCUGCCAGAACACUCGGAAAGACAAAAGGACGCGGUGGUGAAACUGAUCCAUCUUCGGCUCAAACUGCAGGAGCUGAAUGACCCGGAUGAGGAUGAGCCAAACCUGAGAAUUGUUCUUGAGCACCGAUUCUCCAAGGAGAAGAGCAAGAGCGUAAAACAAACAUGUGAUAAAUGUAGCGCCAUCAUCUGGGGCCUCAUACAAACAUGGUACACCUGCACAGGUUGCUAUUACCGCUGCCAUAGCAAAUGUAUGAACCUGAUCACUAAGCCUUGUGUGAGGUCGAAGGUCAGCCAUCAGUCUGAAUAUGAGUUAAGCAUCUGUCCUGAGGUCGGCCUUGAUCGGCAAGACUACCGUUGCGCGGAAUGUCGCGCACCCAUUUCGCUGAGGGGUGUGCCGAGUGAGGCCAGACAGUGUGACUACACAGGCCAGUAUUAUUGCAGCACAUGUCACUGGAAUGACACAGCCAUCAUCCCAGCACGAGUCAUCCACAACUGGGAGUUUGAACCUCACAAGGUUUGUCGUUCCUCACUGCGCUACCUGGCCCUGAUGAUGCCACGGCCUGUUCUGAAGCUGAAAGAAAUUAACCCACUUCUCUUUAACUUUGUAGAAGAACUGGUUGAGAUCAGAAAACUUCGCCAAGAUAUUUUACUUAUGAAACCUUAUUUUAUUACCUGCAAGGAGGCCAUGGAAGCUCGGCUACUACUCCAGCUUCAGGACCGCCAGCACUUUGUAGAGAACGAUGACAUGUACUCACUACAGGAUUUGAUUGACAUCUCCAGCGGUAGACUCAGCUGUUCCCUCACAGAAGUUCACACCACAUUCGCAAAACACAUCAAGCUGGACUGUGAUCGUUGCCAAGCCAAAGGAUUUGUGUGUGAGUUGUGUAAGGAGGGUGAUAUCCUCUUCCCCUUUGACAGUCACACCUCCGUUUGCCAUGACUGCGCUGCCGUCUUUCACAGAGAUUGUUAUUAUGACAACUCAACAACGUGUCCACGAUGUGCCCGGAUGACGGAACGCAGGCAAGAUGAAGACACUAAAGAUGCAUAAAGUGAAGGACCCCGUUAAGGAACUUUGUGUCUACCGUACAUGACGAAAUAAAAACAAUCUGGUAUUACAAUGUAAAUAUGACAAUGUUACAUAUUAAAUGCUAUCCCAUCUACUUAACAGUAAACAAAAUGUAUGUAUUUUUGACAUUCAAAAUUUCAGGGUUGUUUGUCAUGUAUGUAUCACUUGUCAGCCCAGAACUUAAAUAUUAUCCAUAUACAGUAUUAAAACAGGUGUAUUUAAAACACAUCUGUACUUGUUCUUGUAAGGAUACAUAUGUGAACUGUUAUGUUUCAUUCAAAACAUUGAAUUCAUUCCAGAGUGUUCUCUGUCUGUGUGUACUAAGCCCAGUUGAUGUGAACACUCAUGCACAGUGUGUGCCCAGGAUUGUCAGGUUACAUAAAGCUGUUAACCAAAUGUCUUAAUACACUUGGCAACAUGUUAAUGGUUUCUAUCAUAAUUUACUGAAAGGCAGUGGUGUGCCGUGAGGGCCAGCAAGGCCUUCUCUGCUGGCAUAGCAUAAAUCAUGAUCAGAUAUUAAUAAAAGUGUAUUUUAUUUUUUAUUUACUUUCCAUGCAUAUAAAAGUAUCAUAUUUUCUUCAUGUCAUAUGAGGCUCCAGUGUUACUUGUUUUUUUACUCUAGAGCUUUCAUCCAAUCAGAAUUCAGCUCGUUGCCAGCGCUAUGUGAAUUUUCCCACAGGGCUUCUGAAUCUACAUUAGCGGACAUUCAGUUGAUAUAAAGCUGCGAUAGCCAAUCAGAUCACGAGUUGUUGACAGUAGCCCAUCUAGGUAGCCUUAAGUUAAACGUGACUGUAAUUAGAUACUCACUUGUCACUCCCAAUUGAGUAUACAAUAACAAGUUGUGAAUUACGAAAACAGGAAGUGGCACCAGAUAAAUUACCGGU